AUGGCCACUUAUGAUGAUGUUGGAGAAACAGUGCACACCCAGGGUGCAGAAACUGGCUCCCCCAUCACAUCUACAUGUGCAGGACUGGGUCACUCACUCAGCACACCUGCGGGCCAGGCAGGGAAACCUGUUCCAGGAUAUGAUGUUCGAGUCAUAGAUGAUGAUAUGGAAGAAGUGAAGCCCAGAGCCCUGGGAAAUAUUGUUGUUAGGCUUCCGUUGCCUCCAGGAGCUGCUUUGUCACUUUGGAAAAACCAGCAUCUUUUCAAAGAGCUCUACUUUACUAAGUUCCCUGGUUAUUAUGACACAAUGGAUGCUGGUUAUGUGGAUGAAGAGGGAUUUGUUUACAUAAUGUCACGUUCCGACGAUGUCAUCAACGUGGCCGGGCACAGGCUUUCUGCUGGAGCACUGGAGGAGGUGAUCCUGCAGCACCCUGCUCUAGCAGACUGUGCUGUUGUGGCUUUGGAGGACGCUCUGAAAGGACAUGUGCCAUUGGCCCUGUGCGUGCUCAAGAAUCGAGUGCUAAAAGAUACAGAUGAUAUUGUUAAAGAGAUAGUGGGGCAUGUCAGAAACACAAUAGGACCAGUUGCUGCUUUCAAGAAGGUGUUUUUUGUCCAAGCUCUGCCCAAAACGCGCUCAGGCAAGAUUCCACGCUCUUCUUUGGCAAACCUCGUCAGCGGGAAACCAUACAAGAUCACUCCAACCAUAGAAGACCCAGAAGUCUUUAAACACAUUGAAAGAGAGAUGAAGAACGCAAAACUUGCAUAA